AUGAAAUUUUUCGACCGCUUAUACCUUAAAUUUCGAAGUAGCCUUUGCAAUAAAUUCAAAUUAGAGCAAUUGAGAACAACUUCGGUUCAUCAUAGCGAGUGUGUAGGCGAAGUUGAAUUGUCAAAUAUACAUACACCGGGUAUCAGCUCGACCAGAGAAGUUACUACAAGGCUCUCUCCUGGGGGACAAAUAGGGCUUUUUUCAAAUAUAAAUACACUACAUGGAAUUACUGAAUAUUUUGAAGGUAUAAAUAGUGAUGAUAGUGUCAAAACUAGCAAUGAGUGCCAGGAGGUUCAAAGUAGCCCCGAUAUUUCAACAUUUGUUACAACCCUGAGUCAUGAUACAUAUUGCAGUAGCUCAAAAAUACUGGAACCUUUUUUAUUUAGGCUUAAUGAAACUGGAGGGAAGAUCUUUACAUCAUCUGAAUUUGAAUCAGAGAUAAAACAACUAGUGGAUAGACAACCAGUUGAAUUUGAUCCACUACCCGUGAGAUCACUGUCCGGAGAAAGACACUCAGUAUUGAACCUAGUGAAUAAUUUAGUAAGAGUAUGCGAAAUGUUACAUGUAAAUUCUGAAACAGAUAUUCCUGGUUUACCCUCACAUGAAACUUUGUUCGAAGAGGACACUGAGAUUGAUUUAUCUAAUAUUGAAAGUAUAUUGGAAUAUACACUGAAUUCACUUCUAGAAACUAUUAGAAAAAUGAUUUCUGAAGAAACACUUUUAAGAGCUGAUAAUAUGAGACAAUUUAUAAUAUUUGAACUUAAAUCCCUAGUAGCGAAGUUAAACCCAAAAUAUGAUUCAAAAUUGUUAAGUAUUGCGAAUUUAUUUUUGAAUAAACUUACAUUAGAUGAGGAUAUGAAGAUACUGGCAUUUAAAAUGGAUCAAAUACGUUCAGCAUUUAAAUUUUUCCAUUUAACACAAAGAUUUAAUGAUUUCCAUCUAAGUAAUCAGCCAAUUGACAAAUUUGACACUAACAAUACUGAUAAAGUACUUUUACAUUCUACGGGUCCUGCUAGUAGGACACGAAUCCUCAGUCGUAUUAUAAAAUGGUAUAGAUCAUCUCAUGUAUUUGAAAAGGAUGGAAUAUCACUUAGAAAAGGUCAUAGUAAUUCGAAAACUGAUACAUCUGGAAAUAGUAAAGAUGCUAAUAGUAUACUAGUACCAAAUGUGCACUCAUCUCUUCAGAGCCACCGAUGUCAUCACUCUGGAGAUACAGUAGAUAAAUUCCAGCUUGAGACUGAUGGAUGGAGUACUGACAACUCCAAAGGAAUUGUAGUUCUAUAUCGAAUUGAUCCUAUGCCAAUUGGAUUAUCAGUGAGUGUUAUCGUUAAAGGUGAAAUAAAUUGCAAUCCAAUUCACUUAUUAGCUAUUUUAAAUGAAGUUGAAUUAGCCCAUGAAUGGGCACCUUAUAUGUCUUAUGCGUCUCGUAUUGCUAGCUUAAGUCGGGUUAGCCAAUUGGUACAACAAAUUUAUGACUUACCAUGGCCAAUAGGACAAAGAGAGAAUAUAAUGUACUGUUUUGGUGUAGAUACACUACAUGAACAAAAUUGUUUAAUGAUUUCAUGUAGUAAUCCAAAACCGGAUAGUACUGGACAGUUUUUGGGAGUGGAGAUACCUGAUCCACCUCCAAAGAUACCAAGAGAAGAAUGUAGUCAUCUAUUCUUUAUAAUUACACCACUUGACUCGGGUAAAUCUGUUACUAUGGAGAUGUUUGCAAACUUCAAUGUUUCUCGCUUUGUACCAAGCAAACUGGCCUCUUUCAUUGUUAGACGCAUGACGCGAAAGAUGUACACCGAUAUUGCAUAUUUGGCCUCCAAUUUUAAGGGAUCAAUAUAUGAAUCUGCUUAUAAAGAAAAUGCAGAUCUCUAUUUAUGGAUAGAAAAGAAGUUUAGUGAUUAUUUACGUAUGAGAAAUGGUUGUCAAAUAAUGGAGUAUUGA